AUGGUACCAAUAUUAGUGUUCCUCCUAACAGGCAUACCGGGACUGGAGCAUGUACACCACUGGUUUGCUGCUCCUUUAUCUUUCAUCUAUGCUAUUGCAAUUUUGGGAAAUGGCACGAUCCUGUUUGUUAUAAAAGCGGAGCCCAUGUACUAUUUCCUUUCUAUGCUGGCCUCGACGGACCUGGCUCUGACUAUGUCCACGCUGCCAACGGUGCUGCGCGUGCUUUGGUUCAACUCCCGAGAAAUCAGCUUCAGCGCCUGCCUCCUCCAGAUGAUCUACAUCCACUCAUUUUCCUUCACGGAGUCCUAGGUGCUUCUGGCCAUGGCCUUUGACUGCUACGAGGCCAGCAACUCUCUGAGAUACACCUCCACCCUGACCAGCCCCAGGAUUGCUAAAAUAGGACUGGCAAUUGUCUGUAGCGGUACGUUGGUGCUGGUCCUGUUAAUCUGUUUUCUUACACUUCUGCCAUUCUGCAGGUCUCAUGCGCUCUCCUAUUCCUAUUGCUUGCAUCAGUAUAUAGUACGACUGGCAUGUCCAGAUACCACCUUCGAUAGUAUCUAUGGCUUAACUCUAAUCCUGCUCAUAGUGGUACUAGACCUGCUGCUGAUUAUCCUGUCUUAUGUUAUGAUCAUUCAGAUGGUCUUAAGCAUCAAGAGCAAGGAAGAGCGCAUCGAGCUCCGGAACACCUGCGUCUCCCACAUCUGUGCCGUCCUGAUCUACAUCUCCAUGGUUGGCUUGUUGAUCAUUCACAGGUUUGGGGAAAAUGCCGGCCCCAUCAUUCACAUUCUUAUGGCCAACAUGUACCUUUUUGUGCCCCCAGUGCUCAAUCCUGUCAUCUAUAGUAUGAAAACCAAACAGAUUAAGGAAUGGAUCCAAAGGAUCUUGUGUCAAAAAAGGCCUGAUCUGGGCAUAGCCAGUGGCUUAGGUGUUAUUCCAGGAUGUGUCCUAAGUCUUCACAGAAUGGGGGCAGCGCUCAGCAACCAUGGGGCUCACUUCCUGUGCCCGCCACCUGGAGGAGCCGCUGACUUGCCCCGCGCCCACUACCCGGAGAAGCUGCUGGACCUGCCCAGCACCCGCCAACUGGAGGAGCUGCCAGACCUGCCCUGUGCCCGUCACCCAGGGGAGCCGCCGGACCUGUCCCACACCCACUACCCAGAGGAGCUGCCAGACAUGCCCUGCACCCGCCAACCAGAGGAGAUGCCAGAGCUGCCACUCGCCCGCUACCUGGAGGAACCCCUGCUUCUGGAUCCUCCAGAAGACACUGUCCAGACUCGGGCCUUUUGGAGGUUUGGAUCUACUGUGACAGCUCAGCCCCUGCCCAAGGGCCUGAGUCAUUGCUGCCCCGCCCCGACCGAGGUCCCUGACAUGACUGUACUUAUGUCUGCCUCCACAAGGGCUGCCAGGGAAGACUCCCGCGGCCAGACUAAUUCUCCAAACCUCAGCAGUGUGCAGUGA